AUUGACAAUUUCGGAUACGGGUAUACAAACAAAACAGCGCGAGUGAAACCGGCGUUCUGCAACGUGUGAAUGUGUGAUCGAUGUUCAUUCGUGUUUAUUUGUAAAUUUUAAAUGCCGUGUUGAUACCCACGUGCUCGUUCGAUUGAUUUGUUUACCAACUCUGGAAACGAAUAUUUCUUUUGAAGUGUGUGAUAAGAUAAGUUCUAGUUUAGCACGUCCUAUCCUGUUAGUGUGAACUGGUUCUGUAAACAAGUGCUACAGUGACAGUAUUCGGCAUGGCGACUACGUCAAGAACUAGAAGAAAGCAAGAAGAUGAGAAGAAGACUAAGAAAAGACAAUCGCCGGUCGACGAGCGGCCUGUAGUCCCCGCGCCGAGCGAAGCCAUGCUCAACAAUCUCCGCACAGCGUUCGGUCUGCUGGACCGCGACAGCGACGGGCACGUGACGCCCGAGGAGCUGCAGUUCAUGCUGCGGAACCUCGGCAUCGAGGUCAGCGAUGACCUCAUCGGGGAACUCAUCAAGGACGCCAGUCGGACGGGUAACGGCCUAAUAGAUGAGAACGACUUUAUGCAGUGGGUGACAAAGAUUCAGGCGGUGCAAGGGAUGGACGUCAGUAACAUUGGCGGUGAUUCCGAAGAGGAAAUCACGAGGGACCUGCUCGCUGCUUUUAAAGUGUUCGACCGCGACAACAACGGCUACAUAACGCGAGACGAGCUACGGAGCGCGCUCGAGAUCAUCGGCGAGCCGGUCACGGACGCGCAGCUCAACCAGGUGCUCGCGCUCGGAGACAUCGACCACGACGGCCGGAUCGACUACGAGGAAUUCGUGAAAAUGCUGUUGUAACUUCGUGGAAGGAAGACCUCAGUAGAGAUUAUGGUAGAAUAUAAAGACAGCGUCGACGCAAGCGGCGCUACUCGCUUCGUGCGUC